AUGCCUAUCCAACAAGUUGGAACUGUUGAUGAGCUUAUUGAAGUCCUUUUAAAUCAUAGCGAUGAUCGCGCAGAAUUCAUCGUAAAGCAUAUUUUACCGAUUCUUAGACAACUUCCGCAACAAUUUUUCUUGCAAAGUGCAGCAGAUAAUAGGGAUCCUCUCGAACGCCUCGAUCCAUUCCUCUAUACUGUGCCCUAUGCAUACUUCCUUGUUGCACGUUGUAAUGUAGAAAGACCUGAUGUGACCAAUUUAUUAACUUACAUUCUUGAAUUCUUGCGAAGCUUCGAUCCGAACCACAUUCGACUGGUACCCGAAAAAUUUCUACAAAUUGCUCAAGGAUUAUGCAGGAUAGCAAACUUAUAUGGAAAUAAUAUAAUUUCCAUCAAACCGCUCACGCAUGCUCUUCAAAAAUAUUCGCCAUCUGCAAAUCAUUUGACAAAUUUGCACCAAUUUCUUAUUAAGGAAUGUUUAUUGACCAAAUGUUAUAGACAAGCACUUCCAAUAUUGGAUAACGAUAUAACUGAAAUUGAAACUUCGGUAAUAUCUGCACCGGCUAUUGUCACUAGUCAAGUUCAAGCUGAAGCGUAUAAGAAGUUUAGUUUAGUUUCAUUGCUGUUGCACGGAAAGAUUAUUCCACUUCCGAAAUAUACUGCACCUGUAGUUUUACGUUCGAUCAAAAAUCAAUGCCAAGCCUAUCAAGACUAUGCCUCUGCCUUUGAGAGCCUGAAUGUUAAACGUCUUAGAAAUGAGUUUAACAAAUGUAGCGAAACUUUUAGAAAGGAUGGAAACUUUGGUCUAGUAAAACAAACGCUUGAUGCGAUUUAUCGACGUAAAAUUCAGCAGUUGACUCAAACUUAUUUGACUUUGUCAUUGGUCGAUAUCGCUGACACUAUUGGCCUGGAAGGUCGAGAGGCUCCUAAAGUUGCGGAGCGUUACAUUCUCCAAAUGAUCGAAUCUCGUGAAAUAUUUGCUACUAUUAGUCAUUCUGAUCAAGGCGGAAUGGUAUCCUUCCACGACGAUCCUGAUAUGUAUAAUACGUCAAAUACUAUCAUCAAGCUUGAAGAACAGAUAGCCAAAGCUACCAAAGUCAGCGACCGUGUUAUCCAAACUGACCGACUUAUUGGUUGUAGUAGAGAAUAUCUUGUUAAAAGUAAAAACAUUGCAUCUGGAGGCGUAAUGCCUGGUGGUAGUCAUAUGGAUGAUCAAGAAUUUUUUGCAGGAGGAGGCGGAUUUGACAAUUUCGAUGCUGAUGACGGAGGAAGGUUUUAUUAA